AGACAAAGAAAAAGCCAUGGCCAGCGAAGCAACCCAGCCUCCGGCGCUCAGCUCGUUGAGCAUCGACGAGAAAACCUCAGACAGCAAGGCCGUUGGCCAGAUCGUGACGCCCUUCGAUGUUUCCGGUGGAGUUGAUGAAUCAGGCAAGCUGUUGCCGGUAGACUAUGAAAAGCUCACGAGGGAGUUUGGAGCCACACCCAUCAAUGCAGCUCUAUUGGAGCGCUUUGAGAAAGUGACUGGCCAUCGGCCACACCGUUUCAUGCGCCGGAGUAUCGUGUUCAGUCACCGUGAUCUGUCGAAGAUUUUGGAUAAGCACGAGAAGGGCGAGCCAUUCUUCCUCUACACUGGCCGUGGGCCGAGUAGCGACAGUAUGCACGUUGGACACACUGUGCCGUUUGAGUUCACCAAAUGGCUCCAGGAUGUCUUCGAUGUUCCCCUCGUUAUCAUGAUGACCGACGAUGAGAAGUUUAUGCACUCUCAGAAGAUCGAGAUUGAGGACGCCAAGAGAUACACAAAAGCAAACGCCAAGGAUAUCAUUGCUGUUGGAUUCGAUAUGAAGAAAACUUUUAUCUUCAGUGACUUCCAAUUCAUUGGUGGUGCUUUCUACGAGAACAUGUGCCGGAUGGCGAAGAGAAUUACAAUCAACCAGGUCAAGGGCACAUUCGGGUUUAACGACAGCAACAACAUUGGCGAGUUCCACUUCUGUGCCACCCAGUCUGCUGCCGCCUUCUCUACCAGUUUCCCCCACAUCUUCGGUACCGAGACGAAGAAGGUGGCGUCCAUUCCUUGCUUGAUUCCAUGCGCCAUUGACCAAGACCCCUACUUCCGCCAGUGCCGCGAACAUGCGGAGAAGAUGAAGUACAAGAAGCCCUCUCUCAUCCACUCUAUCUUCCUUCCCGCCCUCCAGGGUCCUGGAUCCAAGAUGUCAGCCAGUGUCGACAGUUCCGCCAUUUUCAUGAGCGACACGCCUAACAAGAUCAAGAACAAGAUCAACAAGCACGCUUUCUCAGGUGGCCAGGACACCGCGGAAUUGCAGCGCGAGCUGGGUGGCAACACUAAGAAUGAUAUUCCAUUCCAGUACUUGACAUUCUUCCUCGAGGAUGACGAGGAACUGGAGCGCAUCCGUACCGAAUAUGAAGCUGGAAAGAUGAUGACCGGCGAGAUCAAGCAGAAGUGUAUCGCUGAGCUCCAGGCUUAUGUCCAAGGGUUCCAGGAGCGCAGGGCACAGGUUACGGAUGAGGUCAUGGCCGAGUACAUGCGUCCUCGCCCUCUUGAGUGGAAGGGGAAUCCCAACCCAGUGGCGGUUGAGAAGGCUAAGAAAUAG